UGCCUGGUCAGGUGUUCGCUCCGCAGCGACGUGAGCUUUGCCUUGGAGGAGCCGGUUGGGUUUUGUGCCGAGGCGGAUCUGCUGGAGACCAUGUUCCGAAGAAUACUCCAGAUGACUCCUGGGAAAGGAGGUUCUCAGACGCCAGAAUCAGAACAGCCUAGUGCAGAUCUGAACAAUGACCAGACGUCUGAGGGCUUCAUCUGUCCUCAGUGUAUGAAGUCUCAUAACUCUGCAGAGGACCUGUUUAAGCACUAUGACCUGUUCCAUGACACAGGAGACCCGCCGUCUCACGUGGGUCCCACUCGGGAAGACCUUACAAUGUUGAGGCAAGAAGUUCAGGACCUUCAUGCCUCACUUAAGGAGGAGAGAUGGUUCUCUGGAGAGCUCAAGAAGGAGCUAGAUAGAGUUCAAGGACAACUGAAGCAAAGCGAUGGACAGACGGACCCAGAGGAUUUGGCCAUGGAGAUGAAGCUGAAUGAAGCAGAGACAGAAAAAUUCAACAUCAAGCAGAUGAAAGACCUGUUCGAACAAAAAGCUGCCCAGUUGGCUACAGAGAUUGUGGACAUAAAAUCCCGCUAUGAUGAGGAGAAGAGCUUAAGGGAGGCUGCUGACCAGAGACUCGCCAAACUAACACAAGAUCUUCAAACAGAGAAGCAAGAGAAUGAAAGACUUCACACAGAGCUGCUACAGCGACCAGGUGUGGAGGAUGUGGAGGUCCUAAAGAAGGAGCUGGUCCAGGUACAGACGUUGAUGGACUGCAUGACUCGUGAGAGAGAAGAGGAGUCAGAGCGUCUCAAAUGCCACUAUGAGGAGCUGCAGGCUAACUACACUACCUCAGAGAUGACAAUAUCCCAGCUGAAGGCAGAGCUGGAGAAGGGUCCCCAGGAAGCAGCUGUCUAUACACAACAAAUCCACCAGUUGCAGAGCAAUCUGAAUAAUUUGCAGCAACAAACCCAGAGUCUGUCUGAGAAGCUGGCCCGCCAGGAGAAGGAGCACCAGGAGCUGGAGGAGCGGCUCUGCUCUGAGCAGGCCGCCAAGAAGGAAGUCCAAGCCAGCCUCCAUCAGAGGGAGCUGGAGGUACAAGAGCUGCAGGCUAGAACCACGGGGGUUGAAGCAUCCUUGCAGAAGACCCAGAUGGAGCUGAGAGAGAGGAGUGAGGAGGCAACCAGGUUGAAGAAGGAAGUCACUGAGCUUGAGGUGAAGCAUGGUGAGCUGAAGGCUGAGAGUAAACAGCUACAGCAGCAAAGAGAGGAGAAAGAAAGCCUGGGUGCUCAGCAGCAGAAUGAGAUUACUCAACUGCAUGCCAAGCUGCUGGAGGCGGAGAGACAGCUGGGAGAGCUUCAAGGCCGUCUGAAAGAGCAGAGGCAACUAUCGGGAGAGAAAUUAAAAGACCGCGAGCAGCAAGCGGCUGACCUCCAGCUCAAACUCUCUCGCAGCGAGGAACAGUUGAAGGAGAGUGGCGGUAAAAAUGUAGACCUGCAGCAUCAGCUGGAGAAGGCCAAGCAGCAACACCAAGAGCUACAGGCACUGCAGCAGAACACCAACGGCAAGCUCAGGGAGGCUCAGAAUGACCUGGAGCAAGUGUUGCGUCAGAUUGGAGAUAAGGACCAGAAGAUCCAAAACCUUGAGGCUCUGCUGCAGAAGAGUAAGGACAGUAUCAGUCAGCUGGAGGCAGAGAGAGAGGACCUGUGUGGCAAGAUCCAGGCUGGGGAAGGAGAGACAGCAGUUCUCAACCAGCUAAAAGAAAAGAACCACACAUUACAGGAGCAGGUGACCCAAUUGACAGACAAGUUGAAGAAUCAAUCAGAGAGCCACAAGCAGGCCAGGGACAAUCUCCAUGAACAGGUUCAGGAGCAAAAGGCCCUGCUGCGGUCAGCCCAGGACCGAGCGCAGACCUUGGAGACCUCAGUCACGGAACUGACUGCCCAGCUCACAGAGAGCAAGGAGAAGGUGGCCCAGCUUGACACCCAGUUAAAAGCAAAAACAGAGAUGUUGCUGUCUGCGGAGGCAGCCAAGGCUGCCCAGCGGGCCGACCUUGAGAACCACCUGGAGACUGCCCAACAUGCAUUGCAAGACAAGCAGCAGGAGCUGGUUAAAACUCAGAAGAAGUUUGAAGAUAAUUGCCAGAGGCUCCAGGAGAGGCAGGACCAGUGUAGCCAGUUGGAGACCAGUUUGAAGGAGAGCAAAGAGAAACUGCUAGCCUCAGAGCAGCGCGUGGAGCAGUUGGAAGGCUUAAAUAAGAAAUUAGAAUCACAGGUGGCAGAGAUGCAGGCUGCAUGGGAACAAGCCCAGCAGGAAGUGCAGAAGCUCCAGAAGGAGGGGUCAGAGGUUAAGAGAAAGGUCAAGGAGCUCAAGCACCAGUUGGAAACUGAGAGAGUGGGGGUUGCAUCUCUACAGGAGGAGCUGAAGAAAAAGGUGGCCAACAUGAGCGACAGUCAGCAACAGCUGCAGCAGUGUGAGCGGGAGAGAGCUGCCCUGCAGGUUAACCUGGACAGGUUGACCCAGGAGGGGCAGGCACGGCAAGCUGAGCUAGACAAGAAAGUCCAAGGAUUGACAACAGGUCUUCAAAAGGCCCAGCAGGAGAAUGAGGCUCAAAGGAAGGAGCUUGCUUCUACUAAAGAGAGCCUUGCCAAGGCCAGUAAGGGACUCAAAGAGAAUCAGAGCCUGCUAGACCAGGAGAGGAAGAACACAAAGACAGCCAUGGAGGAGAAGGAAAAGUCAAACGAGAAGGCCAGAAAAGAGCUUCUUAAGAACAUUGAAGCCGUCACCCAGGAGAUGAAAGAAGCAAAAGAGCACAUGGAGAAAAUGAAAGAGACAGAGAAAGGCUUGAAGACACAGCUGGCUUCGCUCACAGAACAGCACUCGAAGACUCAGAAGGUGCUGAAAGAGAAGGAGACGGGUGCGCAGCAGCUGCAGGCACAGCUAAAGACAGCUCAGGGGUCCUUUGAACAGGAUAAGAAGAAACUGGAGAGCCAGGUGGUUGAGCUACAGGAUAUUAAUGUCAAGAAGGCCGAGGAAGAGAGCCGGCUGAAGGUGCAGGUGUCAGGGCUGGACCAGGCACUGGCCUCAGAGAGGAGCCAGAUAGCAGAGCUCAAGAAGGUCUUGGAGCAGAGCAAGGAGAGCCUCAGCAAGCUACAGUCUGAUUGCUAUGGCAAGGAGUCUGAAGUGUCUGCUCUGCGCCAGGACCUCAAGUUGUCAGAUGAGAAGCUGAGCCUAGCACAGGAGGAGCUGGUUGCUAACCGGACCCAUCAGACAGGCUUAGAGGAGCAGAUCCAGGAACUGAAGACAGGCCGGGCUUCCUUGGAGAAGGAGUUGGCCAAACAGAGUCAGAGGCUUCAACAGCAGGACCAGGCCUUGGAGGAGUUACAGAAACAGCAGGGUCUGGCUAAGGAAGAGUUGGAGAAGGAAAAGAGAAGAGUGGAAGAAUUCAGCAAGGCCAAAAGCAACCAGGAAAACAACAAUGCCAGACUGUCUGCUGAACUCAAAGCGCUCGGGGAGAGGAAUGAAAAGGAACUGGGUGACUUGCGGGAAGCCAAACAGCUGUUGAUUCAGCAGAAGCUGGAGGUACAGGGUCAAGUGGAGGCGGUAGAGGCUGCCUUGGAGCAGGAGCAGAGAGCACACCAGGCCACCAAAGACGGCAUGGCCCGGAGGGAGGAACAACAACUUGCAAAAACCAACGACAUCCAAGCUCAGCUGGCGGCAGAGAAGCGGGCUAGAGAGGAGCAGGUGAAGCGUGGGGAGGAGGCAGAAGCUAAGCUGGGUGUGCAGGUGACCGCUCUGAACGAGAACGUGGCUACACUGAAGAGGGAGUGGCAGGGCAGCCAGCGGCGUGUUGGCGAGCUGGAGAAACAGACAGACGAGCUGAGGGGAGAGAUUGCAGUGCUGGAGGCCACCGUCCAGAAUAACCAAGAUGAGAGACGGGCCCUGUUAGAAAGGUGUGUGAAAGGUGAGGGUGAGAUAGAGAAACUGCAGGCCAAAUUGGUGGAAAUGAAAAGGAAGCUGGAUGAUACGACAGCAGCCAUGCAAGAACUGGGCAGAGAGAACCAGUCGCUGCAGAUCAAGCAAUCACAGUCUCUGACCAGGAAGUGGGCCGAGGACCACGAGGUGCAGAACUGCAUGGCCUGUGGGAAGGGCUUCUCCGUCACCGUCCGGAAGCACCACUGCAGACAUUGUGGAAAUAUCUUCUGUGCUGAGUGUUCGGCCAAGAACGCCCUCACACCGUCCUCAAAGAAGCCUGUGCGGGUGUGUGAAACGUGCUACGAAGAGCUUCAGGGCUGAUCUCUCAGCCCUCUACCCACCCUCUCUAUCCCCCAGUGGACAGAGGGAAGCGUUACGUUCCAUAUUCAAUGUGCACUAUAACUGACAGACUCAGUUGAAUGAUGCCAGCCCCCCAUGACUACAACUCUUCAUCUCUGGCUCCCGUGUGAAAAGCUGCCGUGUUGGGAGGCUUGGUCUGGGGACCAGUCAUCCUCACACAGCCCAAGGUUGAAAAGAUGCAUGUUUGAGGCUGCAUAGGAACCACAGCUGAGCCAGGGGAGGGAGCAGGGUGGGAUAGUCCGUAUCUGUAUUGUGCCUUUGCUGCUCUUGUGGGCUGCAACAGAGUGGAGACAGGGAGAGCUGAACAGCACCAUCCAUUUCCUCUCAUCCACGAUAACUACCAUUUUGCUUUGGCACUGUAAACCUCACAGCUUUAGUGGUUGGUGUAAGUGUUGAUGGUCAGUGGUUAGGAGGGCUAAGCCGGGGAAUAACACUGAAAGUGCUUUUUGGAAGUAAUUUGUCAUAGUGAAUGUUAUAAUGGUGUUUAAAGUCACUGCUGCCCUACAGGUGUUGAGUAAAUAAGUGUUUAUUUGGUUCAAGAAACGUCUUCAAAUGGUCUGUAUUGUUCAUUAUAUUUGUUGUGUGUAAAUGUCCUGAGUAUCUCUCCUCUAAAUAAGAUAUCUGAAGCUACAAUCCUGGAGACUUAAAUGCAUACAAGAGUCCUUUCCCAUACUGUCUGUCGCCGGCGUAUUAAAGGCAAGCGCUCAGCCAUGAGUCUGCAAAUGACGAAAGUGUUUGCAGCGUCCCGUUUUGAUGACUUGUGUUGGGUAGGAUUUAGAGAAAUGACGGCGCGCCCAGUCUUAUAUGUUUUAAACAUGGCAGCCGAGUGCAGAAGCAUAAGGCAGGAAGCGGUAAGUCAGAAGAGAAAGCGAGGCUGAUGUUGCUGGCAGAUAUGGCGAACCGAGCUCAGAAGACGAUGCUGCAGCAUCAGGUGUUUUUUAGUGCCGACGCAACAGCACGGACAACCUCACAGGCGGGUCUCUGGUUUGGAGUGGUCAGCAACUGCUGUAUUUACCGUUGGUACCACACUGUAGGUGUCAGUAAAUGAAAGACAGAUCUUCAGGAUUGUACUUUUAAAUAAUCAAACAAAUAAUACCUUUGAACACUCAACCCAAACCAAGUAAAAGCAGCAACUACUGCCCUUCCCUUUCGCCCCUCGGACUGUUUCAGUACAGCUUUUCUUCCUCUCACGCCACCAUACUUCCUUAUUUUAGAUACUCAGCAGUUAUACAUGGCGAUGGAAAAAUAUUUGCCAUCAUUAUGGUAUUUUAAUUGAUGUCGCUUGAAAAUUCAGCAUGAAUUUAGCGAUUUGCAAAACUAAGUUGCAGGCAUCUUGUUAUUUCUGUCAUGCCACAUCAGCGUUUCCAGGAAGGAGGAUGUGGCACCACAUCGGCCACCGCUGUACAAAUAACCCGCCUAACUGAGCUGGGACUGGUGAGAGGCAGUAGUUCGACUGUUGGGCUUGGUGUCCCGGGACCCGUUUUGUGUUGUGAUGAUACGAACAAAAGGGAAGUGCUUACUUUUUUCGAGGAUGUGUUGGGAAUCACAUUUUAUGACUUUACAAAUGUAGAGCUACACUGCACUGCAGAGAACACUUUGAAUAUAUGUAAAUGAGUAUGAAUCAUUUGGAAGCUGAGGCAGUUGCACGGUUUGGCCUGUGGGGGCAGAGUGGUUCAGUCGUCGCCCCUACCCCAUGACCAAAGAAUGUCUGCGGGAGUCUGUAAAAUGGGGAAAUAUAGGCAAGACAAUAGCCUUGAUUUGUUCACCUCUAUUUUUUCAGUAUUUUUGUUAAAGAAUUCUAUUUGCUUUUCUCCGAGUUGUUUUAAUUCAGCCCUUAAUUUUAUUGGCGGAACAUUUGACAGAUUUUUGUAAACAUUUGCCUUUGUUGUUGCUGUGCUAACCAUUUAUACAAAGAGGAAUGAAUCUUUUUCUUUUGUUAUAAUU